AAACAGUCUUCUCGUUUGUUUAUGUAUACAUUCAAUUGCAAAGUAUUUUGAUUGAGAAUAACUAAAAUGGAUAAUUAUAUGGCCGCCAUUCAACAGGCCGCACUGCAGCAGCACAUUUGCAAUGCAGCCAACCUGAUGGGCAUGCAGUUGCCUUUCCCACUUGGACAGCAUAUGAAUUUCGUUGGCGGCGACUACGGAUAUGGGCGAUCAGAAGGAUCACCAUCUCACGCUCAAAAUGAUACAGAGGACCCAGAUGACGAAGAUGCAGAUGAUGAAGAGCAAACUCGCACCUUGUUCUGUAAUAACCUGGAUGAACGCGUAACAGAGGAAAUACUCUAUGAAGUAUUUCUGCAAGCAGGUCCCAUAGAAAGCGCGCGUAUACCACUGGAUAAUACUGGACGUCAGCGUAAUUUUGGAUUUGUUACUUAUCAGCACAAAUGUGCAGUGCCCUUUGCAAUGGAGCUCUAUCAAGGACUUGAACUAUUUCAAAAGAAAGUACUAAUCCGGCAGCAAUGCCCAGAUAAACCUAAGGUACCUUUUAUAGGGCAAGGAAGGACACGCAAUCCGUUUUCUCAAGGGUUUGCUUCUCCUGCUCCACCAAUGAACGACCACGCUGGUCCACGUAAUGCUCGUCACAGUAUGCUCGACCGCACUGCUGGCGUCCAAAAUAAAUACAAUAGUGAUUUGCGGCGCCGCAGCGACAGUGCCGUAAUGGACCGCAAACGGCCAAGACCACAUCAGCAGCAACAACACAACAACAGUGGCGGCAAUCGAAGGUCUGAUCAGCGAUAUAUCAACGGAAAGAGAUUACUGUAGUGUGCAAUAAAUUGCAUAAAAUUCGUGGUUUUUUUAUUAGUCUUGAAUAUACAAAGGCGUAAAUGUAGUAUCUAGGAUCUAUUGCGUUCAAAACAUGUCAUGAUUACGAUUAUGGGCUUUUGUUUUCACUGUACAUCUAAAAUCUAUUAAAUAUG